GCGUUGAAUUGGUGUCCAGAAACUCAGCUUCGUGCUCUUGCUCUUGUACUGUCAAGAUUACACCUAUACCGGCGCCAGACUUGACAACAACAACCAUGAAUCUCCCUGCGAAAUUACAAUGGCCACCGCGAUACGUGACGGCCAGUAUACUCUGCUCCUUCGGAGGCUUCAUAUUCGGAAUGGACACAUCCAUCAUUGGCCCCGUGACAGUGAUGCCGCAGUAUAUCGCCAACUUCGGCGCCUUUUCAUCCGCUAUUCACGGCUUGAUCGUUUCGUCCGUCCUUGUCACUGCCGCUACUUCAUCCUUUUUUGCGGGUCGAAUCGCCGAUGCAGUGGGGAGGACGAAGUGUAUUAGCUUGGGUGGCUUCGUAUUUGCGCUCGGUGCAGCGAUUCAAGCUGCUGCGGUGCAUUUGGGUAUGUUUGUUGCUGGGAGAGCUGUUGAAGGUGUUGGAGAGGGGAUCUUUUUGGGCGCACUUGUUGUGUAUAUAUGCGAGAUUGCGCCACCGCGGCAGAGAGGACCUCUUACGUCGAGUCCGCAGCUGAUGACUACCAUGGGUCUCAUGUUGGGGUACUUUAUCUGUUAUGGAUUGCGGACGCUUGACUCGUCACUGGCGUGGCGUCUGCCUUUUGCGAUCCUGGCGGCGUUGGCAUUUUCGUUUUCUUUCACGGCCUUCUUCUGGCUUCCAGAGUCUCCGAGGUGGCUUACUCUGCACGGGAAAGCGUCCGAGGCUACAAAAGCGUGGGAGACUCUCGAAGUGAACAGCGCAGACCGCGAGAAGAUCACGCUGGAAGCAGGAGAUCUAACUACAGGUAGCGCUGUGGAGCUUACAUCGAAGAACCCCCAGCAAGAUGAGAUUCCACCUCCUACGACUUCUACUCCUGCUCCGAAGAAAAAUCAACCGGGCUUUUUGGAUGCCUUUGCACCCGACGUACGAUUCAAAACAUUGCUAGGCAUCUUCAUCAUGGGGAUGCAGCAAAUGAGCGGCAUCGACGGCAUUCUCUACUACGCCCCAAUGCUCUUCCAACGCGCAGGCCUAACCUCCUCCAGCGCCUCCUUCCUCGCCUCAGGCGUCUCCGCAAUCGUGAUCUUCGCCGUCACCAUCCCCGCGCUCAUCUACUCAGACGGCUGGGGCCGCCGCCAAAGCAUCAUCUACGGCGGUCUCGGCAUCAGCUUGCUCAUGUUCCUCAUGGGCAGUCUGUACGCCGGCAACGCCGUCCACGAGUCUUCAGGCGCAGGCCGUUGGAUCGUCAUUGUUUCCAUCUACCUCUUCGCCGUCGUCUUCUCCAUUUCGUGGGCCGUAGGUAUCAAGAUCUACGUUGCCGAGAGUCAGCCGCAGCGUACGCGCGCUAGCGCGACCAGUCUUGCCCAUGGCAGUAAUUGGGUCAUGAAUUUCUUGGUCGCGCUGACGACGCCCAUGUUGCUGGAGAGAAGUAGCUUCGGCGCGUACUUUUUGUUUGGGGGGUGUACUUUUGCGACGGUUGUGGUUUGUUUCUUUUGGAUGGAGGAGACGAUGGGGAAGUCGUUAGAUGAGGGUGCUGCGGGUGGUGAUGGGGGAAGGGUUACGAGGAUGGCAGAGUGA